CCCCCCCCCCCCCCCCCCCCCGCUUCUUCGUCUCGGAGGCGAAGGGGAGGAGCUCGGAGCGGUCGCCGCCAUGGGGUUCUGGGAGGCUUUUCUCAACUGGCUCCGCAGCCUUUUUUUCAAGCAAGAGAUGGAGCUUUCCUUGAUAGGGCUUCAAAAUGCAGGGAAAACUUCACUUGUGAAUGUCAUUGCUACAGGAGGCUUUAGUGAGGACAUGAUUCCUACUGUAGGAUUCAAUAUGAGAAAGGUGACCAAAGGCAAUGUCACAAUAAAAUUGUGGGAUCUUGGAGGACAGCCAAGAUUCCGGAGCAUGUGGGAGAGAUACUGUCGUGCUGUUUCUGCAAUUGUGUAUGUUGUUGAUGCAGCAGAUAGAGAGAACAUGGCCAUUGCCAAAAGCGAGCUCCAUGAUCUUCUGAACAAACCUUCUUUGACUGGGAUUCCAUUACUAGUCAUUGGCAAUAAAAUUGACAAACCUGAAGCUUUCCCUAAGCAAAGCUUCACAGAAGUGAUGGGCCUAAAGACGCUCACCGACAGAGAGGUGGCCUGCUUCAUGAUAUCAUGCAAGAACUCGACAAACAUUGAUUCUGUCAUCGACUGGCUUGUGAAGCACUCGAAAAAGAAGAAUUGAUCUAAAUCCUUAGCUUUCAAAGUACUGCAGGUUCUACUUUUUUGCAUGUUGCGUAGCAAUUGGCCUGUAAAUUAUGCGAGAGGUCUUGAUCAGGGAGGUUGUGUUCAUAAUUUUGUAACCUGCUUUGGCAUUAUAUUGGCAGACUGCAUCUGGUAUUGUUCACGCAUGUGCUUCCUUCCAACUUACAAGAGGUUCCAUCCUCGUUGCAUAUUUGCUUGGUAAAUUCAUGUGUGAUUUUAUGGAUCGCAUUGUUUACGUUGACCAAAUUAAAAGGGGAUGAAAUGUUGAUAAA